UGAAUUAUCAUUGGCAACCAUAUUCAACAAUUUGUCAAGUUUGUAAAUUUCAAUAUAAUUUUGUUGGAAAAUAUGAAUCGUUCAAUGAAGAUUUUCCACAAUUUCUUAAGCAUUUUAAUAUAACAAAUUGGAAUAUUGAAAAAAGAAAUGGACCAUCUGGUCUUCAGAAAUGGGAUUAUCAAAAAUAUUAUACAACUUUAUCAGAUGAUUUAAUUUGUCAACUUAUUCGUUUAUAUAAUGAUGAUUUUCGAUUAUUUAAAUAUAAAGUUCAUGAUUAUAUUGUUAAUCGAACAAGUUUAUUUCAAAAUUGUUAUUUUUUAAAAACAUCUUGA